CUGCCCCGCCGGUGCCGAGCCGGAACGGCAGGACGGGCAUUCCAUGCGCACCAGUCCUCCCACCCCGGGCAGGUGCAGGAACGCCACUAGACGUCCCAGCCUGGCCUUCGUGAGAAGGCAGAGACCCUGGGUAACUGUCCUGGGAACCCCUGCAGAAGAAGAAGGUGGUGGCAAAAUUGACUUAAUUGAAGCAGGGGCUUUUAAAAACCUUGAUGUUGUUUUUAUGGCCCAUCCAUCCCAAGAGAAUGCUGCUUAUCUCCCUGAUGUGGCUGAACAUGAUGUGACUGUGAAAUACUAUGGGAAGGCAUCUCAUGCUGCUGCGUAUCCCUGGGAGGGAGUAAAUGCAUUAGAUGCUGCUGUUCUUGCCUACAACAAUCUCUCUGUGUUAAGACAGCAAAUGAAACCAACCUGGAGAGUUCAUGGUAUAAUAAAAAAUGGUGGUGUAAAACCCAAUAUCAUUCCCUCUUAUUCUGAAUUAAUCUAUUACUUCCGUGCACCCUCAAUGAAAGAACUUCCAGUUUUGACCAAAAAGGCAGAAGAUUGCUUCAGAGCUGCAGCUUGUGCUACUGGGUGCACAGUAGAAAUUAAAGGUGAAGCACAUGAUUAUUACAAUGUCCUUCCCAAUAAGAGCCUACGGAAAGCUUAUAUUGAAAACGGGGAAAAGCUGGGAAUAGAAUUCAUUUCAGAAGAGGAUGCAGUGUUGAAUGGAUCUUCAGGAUCUACUGAUUUUGGAAAUGUUAGUUUUGUGGUUCCUGGAAUUCAUCCAUAUUUUUACAUUGGAUCUGAUGCCUUGAAUCAUACAGAACAAUAUACUGAAGCUGCAGGAUCACAGGAAGCCCAAUUCUAUACUUUGCGUACAGCCAAAGCUCUGGCAAUGACUGCGUUGGAUGUUAUUUUUAAACCAGAGUUGCUAGAAAGAAUCAGAGAGGACUUUAAAUGGAAACUUCAAGAAGAAGAGUUUUUAAAUAGAGUAGAAUAAGAGGAAGAUUGAGGAGAAGUGAUGAUUUUUUUUCUUCAUUUUUUAAUGAAGGAGGAGGGCAUGUUUGUUUUUCAAUCUUAAAGGAAUCAAAUUUCUCUUCCUGAAAAGUGAGGGCAUGGUGUGGAGAAAACACAUGAACUCUUAGCUAAAACUAAAAUGUUCACAGAUCUA